GCGGGAUGAGGCGCGGGCAUUUAUAAGGCGCCGCCCCGCCAGGCUCGCCGUACAUUUCGCUGAAGCUUUGAAGUGUUGUGUGGACCUCGCGCCGCCCGGCUAUCGGUCAGAAUGGCGUCAGAUGAGGGAAAGCUCUUUGUCGGCGGGCUCAGUUUCGACACGAAUGAGCAGUCAUUGGAGCAAGUCUUCUCUAAAUACGGACAGAUUUCUGAAGUCGUGGUGGUGAAAGACAGAGAGACUCAGAGAUCCAGAGGUUUUGGCUUUGUUACUUUUGAAAAUAUCGAUGAUGCAAAAGAUGCAAUGAUGGCCAUGAACGGAAAGUCUGUAGAUGGGCGUCAGAUCCGAGUUGACCAGGCUGGGAAGUCCUCAGAGAACAGAUCCCGUGGCUACAGAGGGGGGUCCUCGGGGGGCCGGGGCUUCUUCCGCGGGGGCCGAGGCCGGGGCCGUGGCUUCUCCAGAGGAGGUGGAGACAGAGGCUAUGGCGGCAGCAGAUUUGAUUCCAGAAGCGGAGGCUAUAACGGCUCCAGAGACUACUAUAAUAGCAGGAGUCAAGGUGGCUAUGGAGACAGGAACUCAGGAGGCUCCUACAGAGACAGCUACGACAGUUACGGUAAGUCGCGCUUCGAGCGGGAGCGCUGAGUCCGUGUGCUGUAGGAGCUCUGAACCUGCUGAGCCCGAGCCUGCAGCUGGGGCAGGCUCAGGCUGUGGACGUGUGGUGGUGCCGGGAGAUUCUAAUUUAAUGCAUGUGCAGGAGUUGCUCGGAUCUAAGGCAAAGCAAGUGUUAAAAAAAAAAAAAAAAAAGAAAAGGUGUUCCUGGAGCCCAAACUCGGCUGCCCUAACGCACUGACCCGCGGGUGGGGGAUCUCAGUAGCCAAGUAGCCGUAGCCUUGGAAUAAUGCAAAGGGAGUAAAAUGCUGGAACUUGUCUUUGCUUCAGUGCCUUUACAAUUGUGCCUGCUUCUUGUCCUCAGCUACACACAACGAGUAAAAAUCCUUCCUGACUCAAGAUCGUCCUUCCAAUGGCUGUAUUUAUAAAGAUUUUUGGAGCUUCGCUGAAAUGGUUAUUGUGUAGUACAUCUACUUGUAUUUUCACUUUUGUAGUAUUAUCAGUUCUGAUCUUGUCAUACACAGCCUGGCAGCUUCUGAGACAAGACUGUCUGAUUAGACUGUCUUGGAGAAAGCUCUGCUUUCAAGUGGUUUUAAUCUUUUUUGAAAGCACUUCAGAUUUUAUUUUGUCCUCCAUGAAUGAGCCAAGGUGUUCGUUUUUGGUUGGUUUUUUUUUUAAGUUGGGGCCCCAAUUCAGUUUCUUUUGAGCUAGCAAGGACCUUGUACCAAUGUUCACUAGAAGCUGAACAAGCUGUGGACUUUUUUUCUUCCUUUUUUUUUUUUUUUUUUCCAAGUGCAUUACCUUCGUCUUUUGUAACAUUCCUUUAGUGUAGCAAGGUAGGAAUGCAGCUUGGGUUCCGUUGGAAGGCAAACCACCUUGAUAUAUCUAAAGAGAAACGUGCUUGUAUGUUCAACCCGCAUAACGGUAUUUUUACUGUUGUAAUGAUGUAAAUGACCCAGAACUAGACUUGCAAACCAUAAAGAGGUUCUUGAAAAUGUUUAUUUAUAUUGUCCUUUUUUACUGGAAGAAAUAUGCAUAUUCCAUUGCUGUUGUAUUUGAAGUGGUAAAGGAUUCCUGUAUACAGUUUUCUUUGGCUUUACGAAGCCUAUUAAAAGACCGUCUGAAAUGAA